CAGAGAAAUUUGUUUGCCACGCUGCCCCGCUGCUUUUAUUAAUAAAUAACUGAAACGCUACAUUAUAUUACUCCGCAAGGAUGUUGUAACAUCGCUGUUUUUAAAGUCAGUAAACUCGCAGUUUCAUUGCUAGUAGAGAGACGCUGCACAGACAGUAACCAAUGGUGUCAUGGCCGCCAACCCAGAGCGAGCGAGGUGUACUGCCAUCCUAGCUUGGCCUCCACUCCUCAUUAUCUGUGUCCUGUGGAUCCUGUGCACAGACUCAGUGGAUGCUCAAGGGCAAGGAUCCCGUCUGCGGCAGGAAGAUUCUCCACCUCGGAUCGUAGAACACCCCUCCGAUCUGAUCGUAUCCAAGGGCGAGCCAGCUACCCUAAACUGCAAGGCGGAGGGGCGGCCCACACCCACCGUGGAGUGGUACAAGGACGGAGAACGAGUUGAAACAGACAAAGAUGACCCUCGAUCUCACCGCAUGCUCUUGCCCAGCGGCUCACUCUUCUUCCUGCGUAUCGUACACGGCCGUCGCAGCAAACCUGACGAGGGGGCGUAUGUUUGUGUGGCACGCAACUACUUGGGGGAAGCAGUCAGUCGAAAUGCUUCACUGGAAGUAGCAUUGUUACGUGAUGAUUUCAGACAGAACCCUACGGAUGUGGUGGUGGCUGCUGGAGAGCCGGCCAUCUUGGAGUGCGUUCCCCCUCGUGGCCACCCGGAACCCACCAUCUACUGGAAGAAAGACAAAGUCAGAAUCGACGAGAAGGAUGACAGGAUCAAGAUCCGUGGAGGGAAGCUGAUGAUCUCGAACACGAGGAAGAGCGACGCUGGCAUGUACAUCUGUGUGGGUACCAACAUGGUCGGCGAGAGAGACAGCGAGACGGCCCAGGUCACUGUGUUUGAGAGGCCCACGUUCCUACGGCGGCCCAUUAACCAGGUGGUUCUGGAGGAGGAGGCGGUGGAGUUUCGCUGUCAGGUGCAGGGAGACCCACAACCAUCCGUCCGCUGGAAAAAAGACGAAAUUGAUGUCCCCCGCGGGAGGUAUGAUAUUAAAUAUGAUAAAGAUGACUAUGUGCUGAGGAUAAAGAAGGCAGCAGCGAGUGACGAAGGAACCUUCACCUGUUUAGCGGAGAACCGAGUGGGCAAAACAGAGGCGUCCGCCACCCUCACGGUUAGAGCUCGCCCUGUCGCUGCACCACAGUUCGUGAUCAGGCCGCGGGAUCAGAUUGUGGCGCAGGGACGAACUGCCAGUUUCCCCUGUGAGACGAAAGGGAACCCACAGCCAGCGGUCUUCUGGCAGAAAGAAGGAAGUCAGAACCUUUUGUUUCCAAAUCAACCGCAGCAGCCCAACAGUCGUUUCUCGGUGUCGCCCAGUGGAGAUCUGACCAUCACAGCGGUCCAGCGGGCAGACGCGGGGUACUAUAUCUGUCAGGCCCUGACAGUGGCAGGCAGCAUCCUGGCUAAAGCACAGCUUGAGGUCACAGACGUGUUGACCGAUCGUCCUCCCCCCAUCAUCCGGCAGGGUCCAGCUAACCAGACUCUGGGUGUAGACAGUGUGGCUCUUCUGAGGUGUCAUGCAUCUGGAGAACCGGUUCCAACCAUCAGCUGGUUGAAGGACGGGGUCAGUCUGCUGGGCAAAGACCCUCGUAUGUCUCUGCAGGACCUCGGCAGCCUACAGAUCAAGGGUUUACGGCUCUCGGAUUCUGGUAUCUAUACUUGUGUGGCGGCAAGUUCUAGUGGGGAAACAUCUUGGAGUGCUUUCUUGGAAGUCAAAGAGUCUGGUAGUCUAGUUGUAGUUAAAGACCGGGAUGAGAACGAGCUCCCAGGUCCUCCUUCCAAACCUCAGGUCACCGAUGUCACAAAAAACAGUGUUUCAUUGUCCUGGCAGCCUGGCCUUCCUGGAGCAUCACCCAUCUCAUCAUAUGUUAUUGAGGCUUUCAGCCAAUCGGUGAGCAACAGCUGGCAGACUGUGGCUGAUCAUGUCAAGACCACGCAGUACACCAUUAAGGGUCUUCGCCCCAACACCAUCUACCUGUUCAUGGUGAGAGCAGUCAACAUCCAGGGCCUGAGCGACCCGAGCCCCAUGUCUGAACCCGUCCGCACUCAAGAUAUAAGUCCUCCAGCACAGGGGGUGGACCACAGACACGUGCAGAAGGAGCUGGGUGAGGUUAUUGUACGGCUACACAACCCAGUGGUCCUCAGCCCCACCACCAUACAGGUCACAUGGACGGUUGACCGCCAGUCUCAGUUCAUCCAGGGCUACAGGGUUUUGUUCAGGCAGAUGUCAGGGCUGUCCUCCCCUGGAGCGUGGCAGAGUCAGGAUGUGAAAGUCCCAUCUGAGAGGAGCAUGGUGCUCUCGGCUCUGAAGAAAGGCAUCGUCUACGAGAUCAAAGUCCGUCCGUACUUCAACGAGUUCCAGGGCAUGGACAGCGAGUCCCGAACGGCAAGAACAACAGAGGAAGCGCCCAGUGCUCCUCCUCAGCAGGUGACGGUUCUCACAGUGGGCAAUCAGAAUAGUACAUCUAUCAGUAUCUCGUGGGAUCCUCCUCCUGCAGAACAUCAGAACGGCAUCAUCCAGGAAUAUAAGAUCUGGUGUUUAGGGAACGAGACCCGUUUCCAUGUAAAUAAGACUGUGGACGCAGCCAUCCGUUCAGUGGUGGUGGGGGGUCUGCAGGCGGGGGUCCAGUACCGGGUGGAGGUGGCCGCCAGCACCAGCGCUGGGGUGGGAGUGAAGAGCGAACCACAAACCAUCAUUAUUGGUAAAGACUUCCGAGAUGUGAUCAUGAGCAGGAACAACAGCAUCACGGAGCAGAUCACGGACGUGGUGAAGCAGCCCGCCUUCAUCGCGGGCAUCGGAGGGGCCUGCUGGGUCAUUCUGAUGGGCUUCAGCAUCUGGCUCUACUGGAGGAGAAAGAAGAGAAAGGGUCUCAGCAAUUACGCAGUGACGUUCCAGCGUGUUGAUGGAGGCUUGAUGAGCAACGGGAGUCGUCCUGGUCUGCUGAAUGCCAGUGAUUCGGGGUACCCGUGGCUUGCCGACUCCUGGCCGACCACCAGUCUGCCUGUUAAUAGCGGUUCUGGAGGACCCAAUGACCUCAACAACUUCGGCCGAGGAGACGUGAUGCCCAGUGCCCAGGCUGAUAAAACGGGCACCAUGCUUUCAGAUGGAGCCAUUUACAGCAGCAUUGACUUCACCACCAAAGGUGGAUUUGGCAGUCCAAGCCCCGCCUCCCAGGCCACGCCCUACGCCACAACUCAGAUCCUCCAUUCCAACAGCAUUCAUGAGCUGGCCGUCGAUCUGCCCGAAGCCCAAUGGAAGACCUCCCUACAGGCCAAGCAGGAAAUGGCCAGCCUGGGCUACUCACUGCCAGACAAGAACUCCUGCAACAACACACUCCUUUUCAUUCCUGACUACCGAUUGGCUGAUGGAUUGUCUAAUAGAAUGCCACACAACCAAUCGCAGGAUUUCAGCACCACCAGCUCCCACAACAGCUCAGAUCGGAGCAACAGUCUGUCAGGUGGGAAAGGUGGAAAGAAGAAGAAGACCAAAGCAAAUGCCAAGCCCACCAAGAUGAAUGGCUCCAACUGGGCUAACGUUCCACUGCCUCCCCCUCCUGUCCACCCUCUUCCAGGCACGGAGAUGGACCACUACGCCUCAGAGCACCAUGAUGGAGGAGGAUAUGAUAGUGAUGGUUGGGGCCCGCCAUUGCCAGUGCAGACGUACCUCCAUCAGGGUUUAGAGGAUGAGCUGGAGGAAGAGGAAGAACGGGUUCCCACUCCUCCCAUAAGGGGCGUGGCCUCUUCCCCUGCAGCAGUUUCCUUUGGCAAACAGUCCACAGCCACACUGAGCCCAUCCCCACGUGAAGAAAUACAGCCCAUGCUCCAGGCCCACCUAGAUGAGCUCACCCGCGCUUACCAGUUGGACAUGGCUAAACAGGCUUGGCACAUGCAGGGUGGGCCUUACCCGCCCCAGGCCCCCGCGCCACCCGUUGGGUAUGUUUCCAGCACUCUAGUGUCCGAUAUCGAGACAGACCUCCCUGACGAAGAUGACGAUGAUGAGGAGGACGAAGGAUACGAGAUGUCGCCACCAAUUAGGGGCAUCGAACACACACCAGGCUCCAGCAUGGACAACUUGGACAGCUCUGUUACGGGCUCUAUGGUGAACGGUUGGGGCUCGGCUUCAGAUGAUGAUGACAGAAACUUCUCCAGCAGGAGGUCUAGUGCCGGCAGCUCCUCUGAUGGCUCACUCUUCACCCAUUGCAGCUUUGCACGAGCCCUGGUGGCGGCCGCAGACAAGGCUGGUUACCGUCUGGACGGCACCAGCCUGAGCAAGAGAGAUAAAGGUCUACCUCAUAGACCUCGUCCCGCUAGCCCGUUUUCCACAGAUGGAAGCACGGUGGGCACACACAGCCUUGGUCACCAGCGGGCGCCAAGGCCCACCCGUAAACACAAAGGCCCUGGCACUGCCCCGCACCGCCGCGAUGCCAGCGCUGAUGAUCUGCCUCCACCACCAGAGCCUCCACCCUGCCAGACAGCUCGCGUCCAGGGGACGAGGAAUGUGCCCAACCCCUCUGACCGCAAGGCUUCCUCUUUGGAGAGGCAACCCAUGAUGGGCCUGGAGGAGAUGAAGAGUUCUUUGGACCGGCAGGCCCGAACCUCACUGGAGCGCCACCGACAAGCCCAGGACAGACUGGGAUCAAUAGAGAGAGGAGAGGAGAGCAGAAGAGGACAGAAAAAUGGCCCUGUUUCAGAAGAGGCCAUAUUGCCAUACAACAAACCAUCAUUCCCAUCCCCCGGGGGCCACAGCUCAUCUGGGACGGCCUCAUCUAAAGGGUCAACAGGUCCUCGUAAAGGAGAAGGGACGAGGGGACAGCACCAGCGCUCCACCACAGAGCAGGGUGAAAGCAGCUACAUGGGGACCAACGCGCAGUACUCUGGAGAGUUAUAGUGAGCCUUUUUGAUGGAAACUGAAGAAUGCCUUUAUCUGUUCUGGAAAUGCCUCACCCGCUUGGUGCAAUGGACUUGUGAAGCGCCAGAAGGAAGAAGGGAAAAAAAGAAAAAACAUGGAAAGGAUAAACUGUAAAUGUGAUGUAAAGAUGGACAUGCAACCCACAAGAUCCGCAACAUCCCUCACCUUCCUCCUUAAACUAUUCAUUCACGAAAAAGAAAAAAAAAAAAAUGUUGGGGACAAAAAAAAAACAAA